AAAAAUGUUUUUGAAUGCAACGCGAUCUACGGGUCAAUCGCGAUCGAUGCAUUGGGCACCCCUGAUGUAGCUGAAAGCGCUUUACUAGAAGUUUUUAAAAAGUUACAAUUACAAUGCAAAUUAACUAAUUACAAACUUACACAAUAUACAGUAGGUAAACAAGUCACAGAAAUGGAAGCGACCUUAGGCUCCGUUUCACUAAAUUCAAUUUUCAAUGCCAUGUCCAAUGCUUUGGUCAGAUGGCCAGUAAGAAGAGGAACUUAAAAACUCCAGGUGGCCAAAUGCUGGAGAAGCAACACCUCUGGGAGUCCAAGGCCAGAUGACCACUGAGCCCCCACCGGGCCUUCUCGCAAACAAUCGUUUCUUAUUUUUCAUGCACUGUCCUCAGAGGUUCAAUGUGGCGGCUCUAGGCCACAUUUCUUCUGACGUCACUUUCAGCUACCGAGUACUUUGAUCAGAUGGUGGUGGCUCAGCAUGCCACCCUAGAAAAUAGACAAAGAAAACCGAGAAUAGAGGAGGUUAAUAACAAUUACAAAUCGUUAAAGUACAUGAUAUUGCAAUACAUAUUUGAAUUUACUAGAAUCAUUAUUAUAAAACAGCCUUUUAUCACAACACAAAGUGCAGUCCCAAGGCCUUCCAACUGGGUGAUAAACCACAGCCUACUAGCAGUACGAGUUUCAAGUUCAAGAUACAAAGAGGGUCCUCCUUGCAUGUCUCCUUCAGACUAGUGAUGAUAGUACAAUAGACGUGGGACACCAUGUUGGACAAUAAGACACUCCUACAGUAUGAGUUGCUGUUCAGUACCUUUGUGACUUAUGGAGACAAACUGUCCCUAAAUCUAGUAGGGUUGGGGCUGAUGGUCCUUAAAGGUGAUCACAUUGAAUGGCUGGGGUCUUCAAUAAUCCUAUUAGCCUUUCUAAGGCAGCAUUUGCUAUAUCCUGAUCAUAAAGCAGCAGUGUGCCAGUGUGGUCACGUCACCUUUCUCUGUAGUGCCCUGUAGCCCUGGACUGAGCAGGUGCCACGCUAUAGCUGGUGAGUACCAACUCCACUGUGUACCUGUAGAAGUUGGUGAGCACAGAUGGAGACGUCUGAGGAAGUAAAAUCCUCGGUGAGCCUCCUUGAUGACAACAGAGACGUGCUGCGCCCACUUCGGCUCACCCAUUUGUGUCUUAGUGGAAAUCUUAAAGGUAGUUGUUGGGUGACCCCGUUUAACAGAACUUCCAUUUGUAUUUAAAUAGUAUUGAAAGUGUGCCAUGCCUCAUCAACGUUGUUCUUUUACAGGACAGACGGUGCCAGUUUAGCGUCUCGAAGGGAGCAGAAAAGGGCACAGUAUCGGCAAGUAAAAGCGCAUGUGCAGAAGGAAGAUGGCCGUGUGCAGGCUUAUGGCUGGAGUUUACCUCAGAGAUACAAACAGAUAGUAAAUGGAGCUCAAGGUGAAAAUAAGAUGAAAAGCUUACCAGUACCCGUAUAUCUCAGACCGCUGGAUGAGAAAGAUGCUUCCAUGAAGCUUUGGUGUGCUGCAGGUGUAAACCUUUCCGGUGGAAAGACACGUGAUGGAGGCUCCAUUGUAGGAGCCAGCGUUUUCUAUAAUGACGUCACCGGGGCUGACACUGAUGGUAGCAGACCAAGGCGAGGAUCACAGAGCAGCCUGGACCGACUUGAACAGGAGCUCAAGGAACAAGAGAAAGAGCUGAGGCAGCAUGAAGAUCUUUCCAGUCUGGUCUGGAUCUGCACCAGCACUCACUCAUCUACCAAAGUCAUGGUCAUCGACGCCAACCAGCCUGGCAACAUAUUGGACAAUUUCUUUGUGUGCAAUUCUCAUGUUCUUUGCAUUGCCAGUGUUCCAGGGGCAAGAGAAACGGACUACCCUGCUGGAGAAGAGAUUCCCCGUGAUAUGGAAGGUGGCGGGCCGUGUGACAACGCAUCUCUGACGGGCAGCCUCGCCAGCAACAGCUCGGCAGGCAGUGACAGCAUGCUGGGAGGGAUCACCGUGGUGGGCUGCACUGCAGAGAGCGCUACAUCCCCGCAGGCAGUGAACGCUGCAGUCACCAUCUCUGCUGCCAUGGAAAAACCCACAGAAGAGGAGGUCACCGAGGCUGACGCCCCAGACGAUGGAGUGGCCACGGCUGAGGAAGCCACAGAGGCAACAGAAGCCAACUCUGGCUCAGCAGACGAUGUGGUGGACAUCAGUCAACCAGGAAUUUACACAGAGCAUGUCUUCACGGACCCUUUAGGAGUGCAGAAUACAGCCGAGACCUCCGCAGCUUAUCAGAAGAGGGAAUUGGACGCAUCUAAGAACGGCUCUGCUGCAGCUGCUGAUGAAGAGGAUCUAAUGAGGGAAGAAGCACAGAAGAUGAGUAGUGUGCUGCCAACCAUGUGGCUGGGUGCCCAGAAUGGCUGUUUGUAUGUUCAUUCUUCUGUGGCCCAGUGGCAGAAAUGUCUUCAUUCAAUUAAACUGAAAGAUUCAAUUCUUAGUAUUGUACAUGUUAAAGGAAGAGUACUCGUUGCCUUGGCAGAUGGAACCUUAGCCAUCUUUCAUCGGGGUGUAGAUGGCCAGUGGGACCUCACAAACUAUCAUCUUUUAGACCUGGGGCGCCCACACCACUCCAUUCGCUGUAUGACUGUUGUGCAUGACAAGGUGUGGUGCGGGUACAGAAACAAGAUCUACGUGGUGCAGCCAAAGGCCAUGAAAAUUGAGAAGUCCUUUGAUGCCCAUCCCCGAAAGGAGAGCCAGGUGAGACAGUUGGCUUGGGUUGGCGAUGGCGUGUGGGUGUCAAUCCGUCUCGAUUCCACCCUGCGACUGUAUCAUGCACACACCUACCAGCACUUGCAGGAUGUCGACAUCGAGCCGUACGUCAGUAAAAUGCUGGGUACGGGCAAACUCGGCUUCUCCUUUGUUAGGAUCACAGCACUAAUGGUGUCCUGCAAUCGCCUGUGGGUAGGAACGGGGAACGGCGUGAUCAUUUCCAUCCCUCUAACUGAAACUGUAAUCCUCCACCAGGGACGUUUACUGGGGCUGAGGGCCAAUAAAAUAACAUCAGGAACAGCGAGCCGUCCAGGCAGCGUGAUCCGAGUGUAUGGGGAUGAAAACAGCGACAAGGUGACACCAGGCACAUUUAUCCCAUACUGCUCCAUGGCUCACGCUCAGCUCUGCUUCCAUGGCCAUCGGGAUGCCGUCAAGUUCUUUGCUGCGGUGCCAGGUAAGAGAAAGUAAGAAACGGGUUCCUAAAAGGAGGCUGCUGUGGUGGGCGCCACCGGCCCGACUCCUUGGAAUGGCUUGGCGCCUUUCACUGCUCAGCUUUUAGCUCUCUACACGUUUUACUUCAAGCCCCCGUAACGUUUACGUAGAUUUUACUGGGAUUUCCAGUCGUAGUCUUCAUUUACACAAAAGUGAUCAUGGAGUUGUGAAAUGUAUGAGUUCUGACAUCCUUAAGGCAAGGAGACCACCAACCGCAGUCAUUAAGUCUGAAACCCCCUCAACUGAAAGUCACGUCAUGUGCUGCCACUGGCGUUUAUAUGAAGCAACGCAGAAGAAGGAAUAAAAAAAAAAAAAAACUUCAUAACCAACAAAGCAAAAUGAAACAAUAAGCUGCAAUUCAAUAAAUACAAAAAGAAAUGGUGGGUCCCUUCCUGUUUGGCUUGAUCUUCUAUAGGACGGGAGCUGAAGGGGGCGGGGCUUGUGUCUCAGAAGAGGAAGUGAUGUCAGUGCUCCAGUCUAGGAGUAAAGAGACAUAGGAUUGCUAGACACCGUGUGACCAGCAGCAUCGUACGUCAGCCUCGCCGCCAUAUUGCGAGUGGCACUGCUGUGGAGUGAAGUCAUGAAUAACGUGCUGCUUGGGAUUGUGGGAUUGUACAAACCGCCGUACGCUCCAAACCUGAUCCCGGGGGGAUUACAUUUCAUAGCUAAGGCUGAACAAUCAUUUUGGUUAUAUUUAGCUUCAGAAAAUCUGUUUUCUAAUCUUCACUUUAACUACGCCAGGCUGAGCUAACAAAGCUAUGAAUUUAUGAGCUCAAGUGAGCCUCCAAACGACGUGUUGAGUCACCGACUGUCGAUUGUUGUUAGCCGUUAACAUUCCUCAAACUCGGAAGGCUUCCCACCUCAGGUAGCCAUUAGAGAGGCUUUGGUGAAAGCUGUCCUGUGACGUGUGCCAUGCUAGUCUGGUGACAGACGCUGUGCCGCCAUCAUAUGAUCAAA